GUGUCUUUGCUGCUACAUUGGUAAGAAAGCAUGGUGGAAAGUAAGAAGGUCAGUCAGACUGAAGUGUUUUUAGAGAAAGCCUCCAUGUUUUACAGAGACUCGUGUCCAGAACAAUCCCGCUUUCUCGCGCAGAGGCGCCAGAUGAAAGCCCCAUUUUUGCCAGAUACCGUGCUCUGCCCAUUCUGUUAUCAGUGGCGCCAGCCGGGAGAGUAUCGUGUGCGAUUACGUCCUAAACGCAGACCCACAGUGCAAAUUGAGAAGCUGCUCAGGAAGGAGGCAGCUUGCAAGAGGCUUAGCACAAAGGAAAUGAAGCUCCUUCAGAAAUUCAGAAGGUCCUCCAGCAUUCUGAUAACUACCUGUCACACAUGUAAUAAGACUUCUCGACAUGUUGGAAUGAACAGGGAUUUUCUGAGUGCUCUACCGAAGCCCCCACACACACCAUCCAGUGCAGUAAAAUGCAAGACUCCGCACUCUGCCAACAAAACACCAAAGUCUGGUGUCCAAGAGAAAACCCCAUGCAGAACACCAGGGUCACAAUCAUCUGAAACCCCCAGCUCAUCAAAAUCAGCUAGUGGGAAGAAGUCUGCUUUCUCUCGCCUUAAAAAGCUCCUCAUGCUCGAGGACAGUCAAAAGAGUAAAAAAGGGGGGCUGAAAGAUUUCCUUACCUCUCUGUGAGGUCCUCACAGACCACUGAAUCCCAAGAACGAAAUGUUUAAUCAUUUGGAGAGACUUGCUUAAUGGGCUCCUGUUUUUUGUCAGCGUGUACCACAGUGCCACCUGCUGGAUAACUCCCAACAACCAGGUUUAUAAAAGCAACGCUACCUUACUGCCUGCAGAGUUGCUCCAAGCAGAAUUUGCCUUCACUAUUUUCUUGGCACCAGCUUGUGCUUUGGCUUUCUCAGAGACUUCUAUUGUGUAGGUGUUUUUGAAGUUCAGUUGUGAUAAAAUGUGGACUGUAAAAUAUGUACACUGGACUUGUGUUGUGAAGUAAGAAAAAUAUAAUUAAUAAUUUCCAGUUUACACACUUGUAUACACGUGAUCAUUUUGUCUUGAUCUUACUUUUAUGAAUGUGAUUUUGUAAUGUAACUUUCGUACUAUUGAGGUUUAUACAGUGGUCGGUUGUAAAUAAAGGAAUGAGGGAUGCUAAUGGGUCACUAAUGGUUUACAUUUGAUGGACUCUUUUUGCCCUGAAACUUUAUUGCAAAGACCAAAUGUGUGUUGCUGUAUAAGUCACUCCUUAACACUUAGUGAAUUAAAUGAUUGUAUGCAAAAAAAGACCUGUUUUGUAUUUACUUCUUAAUAUUUUAAAUAAAAGCAUUUUUAAAACAAAUGAAAUCUUUCUUUGAUAUAUGACAUUAGUGCUGUUUACUCUGUUGCUUGGUCCAGCUUACUAACCUGUUGGGCCCAAGAUUUGUACUGCCCCUUAGGCACUGCACCCUUGUUCUAGUUGUUCCCAGACUUCUGACAAUCAUGUUUUAUAAUUGUGUUUGAUAUUUGCUGUUUUUUGCUUUUACUAUACAACCCCUGGCAAAAAUUAUGGAAUCACCACU